AUGUUCUUCAUCUUGCCCUCUGGACAGCUCACAAUAGUCGUGCUCUUGCUUGCUGGACUUGUGUGGACCCUGUACAAAAGCCGUAGACAGGUUGGCCUGCCGCCUGGACCGCCUGGACUGCCCAUCCUGGGGAACGCGUUGGAGUUCUCUAUGCCAAACGCAUACAAGACCUUCGCAAAAUGGGGGAAGCAGUAUGGUCCUGUGAUCGCGGUGAGGGCGUUCUCACAAACUUGCAUCAUCGUCCAUUCUGCGCCGGUGGCCAUGAAUAUUCUCACAAAGAGCUCUGGCUCGACUUCGUUCAGGAUCGUGCGCCCCAUAACUGAGCUGUACGGGCUCGGGCGUUUCCUGGCACACUUGCAGCCGAAUGAGGAGUUUAAGCAGAGCAGGCAGUACACGAAGAUGAGUCUGGGGUCGGCUGCCAUGACGGAAUACGAGCCUGAGCAUGAACUACGGGCUUUGAGACUGGUCCGGAAGCUCUCCGGUAAUCCCCAAAAUCUCCUAUCUGAGAUAGGGUUCUGGGUAGCAGCCAGCUUUGAGCAUAUUGCUUAUGGCACAGACGAAGAAGAAGAACCUUCCGGAUUCGUCGAAAUCGCGCGGCGCUUCAUGCCCGACUUCAUUCUCUCGAGCGAUCCGACCGUUUUAUGGGCUGUUGAUGUCCUACCGUUUUUGCGUCACCUCCCAUCCUGGCUGCCGGGAAUGUCUUUCAAACGGCAGGCGGAGGCAUUUGCAAAAGGCCCUCUUCACGAUCUCCUCAAUAAACCUUUCGAGAAUGCUGUCCGCAAGAUGGAAAGCGGAAAAUUUUCGCCUUCGCUGAUUUCUCGCGUCUCGGAAAGACAACCCCUGGACACCUUGAGCGAUGAUGACUUGGAAAUUCUGAAAUUAUCGGCCAUGAAUCUUUACCUCGGUGGUGCCGACUCGACGACUAGCAUCGUGUCUUCCUUCUUCCUGGCCAUGAUUCUGUAUCCGGAAGUCCAGAAACGCGGGCAACAGGAGGUCGAUGCGGUGACACAUGGAACACGGCUGCCCACUUUCGCAGACAGGCCUCAUCUGCCGUACAUCGACUGCAUCAUGAAGGAGCUGAUGCGUUGGGCAGUCCCGACGCCUUUCUUGUUCCCUCACGUCCAAGAUCCUGCCUGCGACGCGUUCGUCGACGGUUUAUUGAUACCUCGAGGAAGCAUGUUGAUUGUUAACACUGGCGGAAUUUUCGAGGACCCCGACGUAUAUACUGACCCCACCAAAUUCUGGCCCGAGCGAUUCCUAGACAAGACGCUCUUGGACCCAUUCUCUAUUGCGUUUGGCUUUGCACGGAGGCAGUGCAUAGGCAUGCGUUUCAUCGAGAAACGCCUCUGGAUUACGAUUGCUACAACGCUCGCUACGCUGGACGUCGGUGGUCCUACGAAGCCGAGCGUUCGAGAACCCCGGGCGGCAUGGGAAGACGGUCCCAUACGACUGCCGCUGCCGUUUGAUGCAGCAUUCAAGGUUCGGAACGAAGCGCUGCUUGAUAAUUAA